ACCACCAUUGGUGAAAAGCUUGAGCAAUUAGCAAUUUUAUUCUGAUUCAUGGAUGCAAGCACGAACAGAAACAAAGACCCCAACAUAAGCUGUCAUUCACCCACUUUUCUCUUACACAACAACGGCUUCAGUUCGAUAUCACAGCUUUCAGACAUAGAGAUGAUCACCAUAAAGUCGGUUUCUUACACGAGUUUGAAAGACUUGAUGCCUUCGUCGUCGUCUUCGGCAUCGCCUCCCUCGGUAGCGGCGAUCGCUUCGCCGAAAGUACACAAUUCAAGCUGGCAUGAAAUUCCCAUCAAGAAUCCGCUCGUUAAGCAGGCGGCUCUGGCUUAUUUGCAGCCCGUGGGGAGUCCGCCGGUGGCCGGCGAAAAGGGGUUGUUCGAGAAGGUUAAGGAAAGGUGUUGCGGUGACUGCGGGUGCGUCUCGUGGCUGUACGAUGUCGUUUGGAGGAAGGUCAAGGAGGCAUUUUCUGACAGGAGAGAUGAUGAUGUUGAUGACUACUAUGAUGAAGACGAUGAUAAGGUUGACUGA